AUGGGUUGUGACAACAGUAAACAACAGCUACAGCCAAAUAUACCUGACUCUCAGGAAGAGGGAACGAUCGGGUUCACUGAGACCCAGAUUGAUACGAUCAGAAGCACGUGGCCCUUAUUGUCGAGGAACAUGGUGCGAGUUGGUACGGAUGUGUUUGUAAGAAUAUUUACUGAAGUUCCGACGGUGAAGGAGUUGUUUAGUAGCUUUAAUAUAGUUGAUGUCAAUGAUCUACACAAGAUGCCAACGUUUCGAGCUCAUGCAGAGAUGUUUAUGCAAGUGUUACAUUUGGUGGUUGACAAUUUAGAGACACCGUAUAGUGAACUCAAUCACGAGCUAAUGGUAUUAGGUGCUCGUCAUGCUACGUUCAGUGGUUUUAAACCAGAAUAUUUUAAAUUUUAUGUGAAAUGUUUGAUACAAGUUUGGGAGUUGGAACUUGGUGAGGAAUUCAUACUGGAAGUGCGGGACUGCUGGAAAAUUGUUUUCGAUUUCUUAGUCGAUAAUAUGACAGAGGGGUAUGAACUUGCUCUCAGAGAAAGCACAACGAAACAUUGCCAAAAUGGUGUUAAAACAUUGACUGUCAGUGACAAUGGAAAUUCAAAAUCACAAAACGGGCAUAUGACGUCGCAAAACAAGCGCAAUACGUCACCAAAUCCUGCUGUGAAGAAAAACAAGAGUGCGUGUAUAAUGGACAAGAAUAAAAAGAACGAUACUCUGUGUGAAGUGAAAAUAACCUAA